AUGCUUCCACCUGCGCGACACUGGGCGACAGCCUCCACAGCCCUGUUUUGCCUAGCGGGUAUAUCAAGCGCCAAUGCGGAUAUUUCAGCCGCCGGUAGGUUCACCACUCUCAGCGGAAUACCCUAUUAUGUCGGUGGAAUAGCAGUCUCCAAGAUACGCGAUAUCCCCGACGUACCCUUGGAUCAUGGAGCUCUCACAGAUGUCGAUGUCUUGCCUAUGACGGUCAUCGGCACCAAUUCCUCCUCGUACACUGGGAGUGAGCUCAAUUCCACAAUCCAUGAUUACAUACGGAAAGACGACGUCUUCAGUUUCGACUUCCUCCAUGGUAUGUAUAAUUCUUAUAGUGUUGUACGAGUGAAUCCUUGUGUUCAUUGGCAAUCAGUGAUAUACCUUGACUCUGAUAGACCGGGCCGUUGUUCGAUCGACGCCAAGUCAUUGCGUCCAGAGCUUCAGCAAAAAGCAGUCGCCUUGUUUAUGGUCUCUCUCAGAUGCUCAACUGGCAAGCCCUCCAUCGCUGUCUCCAAACGUCUAACCCACGAGCUCCCUCCGGGCCCAUACUUUGUUUCAGCCAAGACCGGGGAAGUAUUCAAAGCCUACCGUCUCUACAAAGACACGCACUACGCGUUCUUGGAGCCGGCAGUCAGUGACGAACAGGGCGGGUAUCUCCCGCUUCCCGCUACAACCAAUGUUCGGCUAGGAGUGAAAGAUAUCUAUCACGUCAAGGGUCUUCGGACAAGCGGCGGAAACCGCGCCUACUACUCGCUCUACGAGCCUCGCAACACGACCGGACCCGCAGUCCAACGACUGAUUGACCAGGGAGCCGUCUUCGUCGGGAAAAUGGGUACUGUGCAGUUCGCGAACGGAGACCGCCCGACAGCCGACUGGGUCGACUUCCACUGCCCCUUCAAUCCUCGCGGAGAUGGCUAUCUCGUGCCGAGUGGUUCGUCGUCGGGUUCUGGCGCCGGCAUAGCCGCAUACGACUGGCUUGAUAUCGCAGUCGGAAGCGACACCGGUGGCUCCAUGCGUGGCCCGGCAGGUGCCCAGGGCUUAUUCGGUAACCGGCCAUCGGAGGGGGCCAUAAGCCUAGACGAUGUGAUACCGCUUUGUAGCGGGCUGGAUACUGCGGGUGUCUUUGCUCGCAGCGCUCACACGUGGUCCAACGUGGUCCAUGCGUGGUACGAGAGCUUCGACCGGAACUAUUCUUCCUUCCCAAAGACGCUCUUGUACCCCACUAGCUCCUUCACCGCGGAAGCUAUUGGCAGCUCCGAUGCUGCAGAGCUUAUCAGCAAGUUUGUGGCUAGGCUGGAGCGGUUCCUGGACGCCAACCGCACUCAUGUUGACCUGGAUGCGUCGUGGGAUACCACGCGGCCAAGUGGAGCGCCAGCUACUUUGAACGAUAUGCUGCAUUAUACCUAUGGGACUUUGAUCACCGUGUAUCAGUGGCUUCACCACGGACUACCCUUCUUCCAGGACUACGCUGCGAAGCACGACGGUCGCACGCCGUACAUCAAUCCCGGACCUCUUCUGCGCUGGAAGCUGGGCCAGCAAUCCGGGCAAGCUGGGUUUGAGGAAGCGUGGAAGAACAAAACCAUCUUCUACAACUGGUGGAACGGCGACACCGGGUUCGGCGCCCACAAUGCGGAAACGUGCUCCAAGUCAAUCUACAUCUACCCGAACAGCGUGGGCUCGAUCACAUAUCGUGACGAGUAUUACAGCGCACCCCAAUCUCCAUACUGGGGUAUGGGCGAUAGUCGCAUCGCCGUCUUUGCCGGUGUUCCAGAUCUGGUGGUUCCAAUUGGCGAAAUCCCAUACAACAGCACCAAGACCGGCACGACCGAAUACGUGCCCGUUACUAUGAGUUUAGUCGCGGCGCGUGGGUGUGAUCUGAUGGUGGCAAACAUGGUUGCUGCUAUGGAGGAACAGGGGAUUGUCAAGCCUGUUGCAGUGGGCCCCAGGCUGUAUCCAUGA